AAAGAAAAAAAAAAUGAAAGAAAAAGAUUUAUUUUUAUAUGCAUUUGAUAUCAAGACAUUUUGUCUGUUUUUCUUAUUAUUUUACUUAAUUCCUUAUCCUAUUUAUCGCUUGAUUGCUCAUCGUUUUCAAUGGGAAACAAAUCCAAAAUCAGCUUCAAGGCAUUGGAGUGAUUUAUUAGAUGGACUGUCCUAUGGCUUAUUGUUAUUCACGUUUGGCAAUUAUGCAAAUACACUCAGUUGGAUCACAGUGGCUGCUUUCUAUCCUUCCUUAUUUGGAUAUGCCUUAAUAGCCGAGUUGCCUUUCACAAAGACAUCAUUGCCCAAUAUCAAACACUGGCCAAGAGGCAUGUGGAUUGUGUUCUUGAUAGCCUUGAGUGUAAUCCUUGUGUUUGCUGGCUAUCAUAUCUAUCUAGGCUCUUUAUUGCCUCCACCUUUUUUGUUGUAUUAUGUCUCGGGAUUAUUGGUACCUAUCAGCAUUUUAAUGUCUUCGUUUGCUUUAUCGACUGAAAUCAACUCAAAUUGGAUUCGAGCACGACUUUCUGGUUGGAGAAACCAAACCAAUGGCGAGGAAAGGACACAAUUAUUGACGAAUGCAUUCCAUAACCCAUACAGUUCCAAAAUAGUUAUUCAUUUACAUCACUGGCAAAUCUUUUAUAGUUUGGCUUUUUUUACUCGGUUUGAUCAUCCUGUGUCUCAAGUAGGGGCUGGUAUUGUUUUAGCGUGUUAUAUGGAAGGCGUUUGUGCAUAUGGGUUUGAUCGUUUAGUCAAUGAUGGUUAAAAAAAUAUACAAUUCUUUUUUUUAUUUUAUUAUCAU